UCAUGGCGGAUACUGAAACCAUGGAGUGUAUAACGGAGCACGAACGGAUCCUGCAGGAGAUUGAGAGUACCGACACGGCUUGUGUGGGUCCUACUCUUCGGUCCAUUUAUGAUGACCAGCCCAAUGCUCACAAGCGCUUCAUGGAAAAGCUGGAUGCCAGGAUAAGGAACCAUGACCGUGAGAUUGAAAAAAUGUGCAACUUUCACCACCAGGGCUUUGUGGACGCUAUCACAGAGCUGCUUAAAGUUCGUGCUGAUGCAGAGAAACUUAUGGGUCAAGUGAAAGACACUAACCGAAGAUUACAAGAAGCUGGAAAGGAAGUGACAGCUCAGACAGAAGAGGUGAUUUGUUGUCGAAUCCAACAGAGGAACAUGACCACCACAGUGGAGAAGCUCCAGCUCUGUUUACCAGUGCUUGAAAUGUACAGCAAACUAAGGGAGCAGCUGGAAUCCAAAAGAUAUUAUUCUGCACUGAAAACCAUGGAGCAACUAGAGAAAGUUUAUAUUCCAAGGGUCAGUAAGUACAGGUUCUGUCAGAUUAUGGCUGAAAACCUGCCCAGACUGAGAGAGGAGAUCAAGGAGAUCUCAAUGUCAGACCUCAAAGACUUCCUGGAGAGUAUCCGCAAACAUUCGGACAAGGUUGGAGAGGCUGCGAUGAGACAGGCACAGCAACACAGGACGUUUAACAGUGCAGUUGCAAAGCAGCUCAAUCUAGGCCACUACACCAAGCCUGUGUAUUCCUUCAAUGGGCGAACACAUGUUCCCAACGGCCUGUUGAUGAACGAUGACACAGGAGAUGAUGAGGAAGCUGAUGAAGAGGUUCUUACAGCUCAGGACCUGGUGGACUUCUCACCUGUCUACAGGUGUCUACAUAUUUACACUGUGCUGGGCGAUCGAGAAACAUUUGAGAGCUACUACAGGAAACAGAGGAAAAAACAGGCCCGUCUAGUUCUGCAGCCACAGGCUAACAUGUCGUACUGUGAAGACCCUGAUCUGGUUCUGGAGCUGAAGAAUCUCAUUGUUAUCUUUGCUGACACACUGCAGGGUUAUGGUUUCCCGGUGAACCGACUCUUUGACCUGCUCUUUGAGGUCAGAGACCAGUACAAUGAAACUCUGCUGAAGAAAUGGGUCGUGGUUUUCAGAGAGAUUUUUGAGUCUGACAACUACAGUCCCAUCCCUGUGGAAACAGAAGAGGAGUAUAAACUGGUGGUCAGUCGCUUUCCCUUCCAUGAUGCAGAGAUUGAAAAGCAGGGCUUUCCUAAGAAGCUGCCAAUGUCCCAGUCUGUUCCUCAGAUUUACACACAAGUCAAAGAGUUUAUUUACGCCAGUCUCAAGUUUUCAGAGUCAUUACAUCGCAGUUCAACAGAGAUUGAUGACAUGCUGCGAAAAUCAACCAACCUGCUGCUGACGAGAACUCUCAGUAGCUGUUUGCAAAACCUCAUCAAGAAACCUCACAUAGGUCUGACCGAGCUGGUGCAGAUUAUCAUUAACACCACCCACCUGGAGCAAGCCUGUAAAUAUUUAGAGGAGUUUAUAACCAACAUCACCAACGUCUCUCCUGAAACUGUUCACACAACAAGACUCUACGGCUUAGCUACGUUCAAGGAUGCUCGUCACGCUGCAGAAGGAGAAAUUUACACCAAACUGAACCAAAAAAUAGAUGAGUUUAUCCAGCUAGCUGAUUAUGAGUGGGACAUGUCAGAGUCAGACGGCCGUGCCUCAGGAUACCUCAUGGACCUGAUCAACUUCCUUCGCUCCACUUUUCAGGUCUUCACACACCUUCCGAAUAACAACAAUGACCAUGCAUCAAUGUCGGGAAAAGUGGCUCAGACGGCGUGCAUGUCUGCUUGUAAACAUCUGUCCAUGUCACUGAUGCAGAUGCUGCUGGACACAGAACUCAAGCAGAUCAGUAUGGGAGCCAUUCAGCAGUUCAACUUAGAUGUUAUACAGUGUGAAUUGUUUGCCAGCUCAGAACCAGUCCCUGGCUUCCAAGGUGACACACUCCAACUGGCAUUCAUUGACUUACGACAGCUCCUGGACCUGUUCAUGGUGUGGGACUGGUCUACUUACCUGGCAGACUAUGGCCAGCCAAACUCAAAGUACCUGAGAGUGAACCCAGCCACCGCCCUGGCUCUACUGGAGAAGAUGAAGGACACCAGCAAGAAGAACAACAUCUUCUCUCAGUUCAGGAAGAACGACAGAGACAAGCAGAAGCUGAUAGAGACUGUAGUCAAACAGCUGAGGAGUCUCGUCAACGGCAUGUCCUCCUAACAACAAACACAGAAAACGUGGGAACCAGCAGGGAUAAGUGGGACAUGCAUGCAGUCACAUACACAAAUUGGACUGCCAAGAAAUUUCACUGAAGGACAUUUAGACAAAGUGGUAGAACAAGAAAAACCACACACAUACAUGCAUCCAAAAGGGACACAAACACCGAUCACAUACGUACACUCAGUGGUUCUCAAACUAGGAGGCGUGAUGCAUGACCACUGCUAGUUAUUUUAUUUUGAGUUUUGGGCCUCGAAAAUUCAAGCAGGUGUAAUAUUUAGAUGUUUUUGU